CUCCCACCGCCUCCCACCGCCCCUGCUGUCUGCUGGCUUGGGAGUAGGUGCCUGCGCCCUCGCCCUAUGGUCUCGACCUCGGCAUGUUCUGCCUGGGCGCGCUGCGGCUGCGGGGCUUCCCGCUGCGGGGCUCCCCCGGCCGCCUACUUUCCGUCUGCGGCCGCGAAGGAGAAGAAAACCCACCCUCACCUGCAGAAACAAGAUGGAAAGACAGGGCAGAAACAGUGAUAAUUGGAGGUGGCUGCGUUGGUGUGAGUCUGGCUUAUCACUUGACCAAAGCAGGCAUGAAAGAUGUGGUCCUCCUGGAAAAAUCGGAGCUCACUGCUGGAUCUACCUGGCACGCAGCAGGUUUAACAACUUACUUUCAUCCUGGAAUAAACUUAAAGAAAAUACAUUAUGAUAGCAUCAAACUUUAUGAGAAACUGGAAGAAGAAACCGGACAGGAGGUGGGAUUCCAUCAGCCAGGUAGUAUCAGAAUUGCUACAACUCCUGUAAGGGUAGAUGAAUUUAAAUAUCAAAUGACUCGGACUGGCUGGCAUGCAACGGAACAGUAUAUUAUUGAACCUGAAAAGAUACAAGAGAUGUUUCCUUUACUCAACAUGAAUAAGAUUUUAGCUGGACUGUAUAAUCCUGGAGAUGGUCACAUUGAUCCUUAUUCUCUAACUAUGGCCCUGGCUGCUGGGGCUAGGAAAUAUGGUGCCCUUUUAAAAUAUCCUGCACCGGUGACUUCUUUGAAACCCAAGUCAGAUGGAACAUGGGAUGUUGAAACACCACAGGGAUCUAUGAGAGCAAAUAGAAUUGUGAAUGCUGCAGGGUUUUGGGCUCGUGAAGUAGGUAAGAUGAUUGGACUAGAACAUCCUCUCAUUCCAGUUCAGCAUCAGUAUGUUGUCACAUCGACCAUCCCUGAAGUGAAAGCUUUAAAGCGAGAACUCCCGGUGCUCCGUGACCUGGAAGGAUCUUAUUACCUCCGACAGGAAAGGGAUGGGCUUUUGUUUGGUCCAUAUGAAAGUCAAGAGAAAAUGAAAGUUCAGGACUCAUGGGUCACCAAUGGAGUUCCUCCAGGGUUUGGAAAGGAGCUCUUUGAGUCUGAUCUAGACCGAAUCAUGGAACACGUCGAGGCUGCCAUGGAAAUGGUUCCAGUCUUGAAGAAGGCUGACAUCAUCAAUAUCGUCAAUGGUCCUAUCACCUAUUCUCCUGACAUUCUGCCUAUGGUAGGGCCCCAUCAGGGGGUCAGAAACUACUGGGUGACUAUAGGCUUUGGGUAUGGCAUAAUCCAUGCUGGUGGGGUAGGGAAAUAUCUCAGUGACUGGAUCCUGCACGGAGAACCUCCUUUUGAUCUGAUAGAAUUGGAUCCCAAUCGCUAUGGCAAGUGGACAACAACUCAGUACACCGAGGCCAAAGCAAGAGAGUCAUAUGGAUUCAACAAUAUUGUUGGUUACCCUAAAGAAGAACGGUUUGCUGGGAGGCCAACUCAGCGAGUCAGUGGGCUUUAUAAAACCCUGGAGUCCAAGUGUUCCAUGGGGUUCCAUGCAGGCUGGGAGCAGCCACACUGGUUCUAUCAACCAGGCCAGGACACUGGGUACAGGCCAAGUUUUCGCCGCACAAAUUGGUUUGAUCCUGUGGGCUCUGAGUAUAAACAGGUUAUGCAAAGAGUAGGGGUGAUUGACCUGUCACCAUUUGGCAAGUUUAACAUCAAAGGUCAAGACUCCAUUAGAUUGUUGGACCAUCUCUUUGCAAAUGUCAUUCCCAAGGUGGGUUUUACAAAUAUAAGUCACAUGUUAACACCAAAAGGUCAAGUAUAUGCUGAGUUGACAGUUUCUCACCUGUCUCCUGGGGAGUUUCUAUUAAUAACUGGUUCUGGAUCAGAGCUUCAUGAUCUUAGAUGGAUUGAAGAAGAGGCUUUCAAAGGUGGAUAUGAUGUUGAAAUUAAAAACAUAACCGAUGAGCUUGGAGUCCUUGGCGUCGCAGGGCCACAUGCAAGAAAGGCCCUUCAGAAACUGACCUCUGAAGAUCUUAGUGAUGAUGUUUUCAAGUUUCUUCAGACCAAGUCUUUAAAGGUUUCCAACAUUCCUGUCACUGCUAUCAGGAUAUCUUAUACUGGUGAGCUGGGUUGGGAGCUGUACCACAGACGAGAAGAUUCUGCGGCACUUUAUGACGUUAUCAUGAAUGCAGGCCAGGAAGAGGGAAUUGACAACUUUGGAACCUAUGCCAUGAAUGCCUUAAGACUGGAGAAAGCUUUCAGAGCCUGGGGGUCAGAGAUGAACUGUGAUACAAAUCCCCUGGAAGCGGGACUGGGAUAUUUUAUAAAGCUAAAUAAGCCAGCAGACUUCAUAGGAAAGCAAGCACUGAAACAGAUUAAAGCCAAGGGGCUGAAACGGAGACUGGUCUGCCUCACCUUGGCAACGGACGAUGUUGAUCCGGAGGGAAAUGAAAGCAUCUGGUAUGGUGGCAAGGUGGUUGGCAACACGACCUCCGGAAGCUACAGUUACAGCAUCCAGAAGAGUCUGGCUUUCGCGUAUGUCCCUGUAGAGCUAAGUAAAGUGGGACAACAAGUGGAAGUUGAAUUAUUAGGCAAAAAUUACUCAGCAACCGUCAUACAAGAACCCUUGGUGUUGACGGAACCAAUCAGAAACCAGCUUCAGAAAAAAGGUGGAAAGGACAAAAUUUGAAAAGACUUUGAGAAGACAACUGAAUUAUGGUUGCUAUGUGAUUGUACUGAAAAUGAUAACUGAUUUGCUGGGGAAUAGGGGAAACCAAAAAUUUAUUUCAAAAUCAUCAGAAUCUUAAAACCAUUCUCUUGUUUCCUAAGCAAUAUAGAAUAAUGGAUGAGUGAUCUACAUUGCUGUUUCAGAUGAAGAAAUUUGAAGCUAAUGUUUUUACUAUUCUAUAUUGUUGUUUACGAAACUCGGCAAAACGUUUAAGUGUUUGCUAACAUACCAUCAUUAUUACAACUGAAGUAGAAAACAUAUAAUUUUAAAAACAUUUGUAUGUGGUUCUUGUUAGCUGAAAACAAAUUAUGUUUUGUUUUGUUUUUUUUACAAAUUAUGUUUUACAUAAAGACAAAAGCAGUAUUGUUGAUGGAUUUACUUCAUUGAAAAAUACUAGUUGAAUAAGGGAUCAUUUUAAUGUUUCAUAAUAUAUCUAGGAAGAAAAUAGUAAAAUUUAAUAUUGGUAUAUGUAACAUUUUUAUUCAAUUCCUUGAAAUAUUUACUUUCUUAAUGACUUCCCUGAAAGCAGUUUUAUGGGCUGUCAUUAUUGUCCUUUCAAAGGUUGUUUUAGAAGAGAAAUUGCAAAAGAGAACAGUCUUCCAAAGGAAACGGUACUUGUAAACCUUCUGAGGUGAAGCCGAAACAUAAAUUGUGCCAGUACAAACACAGUCUGAAUACUGAACACCUCUCUUUGGGAAAGAAUUAAUGCAAGUUGACAUCACGUUGUGCCGUUCUGAAUAUCAUUUCACAAACAUUUGACAAAGCAGGUCAAACAAGAGCUUUAAGAGCUGACAGGAUUGCCCUUAACACUGUGUACAGCAAGAAAAAAAAGCCAUUUAGAAAUAAUUCUUUGAUGUACCUCUUGAAAUUAUUUGGGUUUAGUUGACAGAAUAAAUCAAAUUUUUCAUAAAAGGUAGUUUGUCAUUUAUCAUUUGUUCUACACACACACUUGCUGCCUAGGAAAAGUUCAGUAAAUAGGUAUUAAAGAAGCUGAAUGUGAAGCAUAAUAAGAUUCUAUAGUUAGAGUAGAUUUUAAAAUAAUUUCUUAACUUGUAAGUUUUGAAAACAUGCCAAAUUUACAUUUAAAUGUUUUAUAAAAGUAAUCAUGUAUCAGAACUCUUCAGCAUGCCAUUCAUUUAUCUUUGGUAUCUCCUCUUACAUGAGAAAUGAAGGAAAUCUUUUUGAUAACAAACAUUUGCUAAUUAUUAAGAAUGUUAUCCAGACCCUCUCUCCCAGUUCUGGUAUAGGGUAUAGGUGCUUUUCAUUCUCUGCCUCUCUGUAGCCCAAUUGUUAAUUGUGUAAAAACUAAUGAAAGAAUUGAGAAAAUAUAAUGCUACAUCAGUGGCACAAUUUAAUAGUUACCUAAGUUGUAACUUUUCAGUAACUAGUGACUGGAAAAUUAUUUACAUAAAAUGUUAUUAUAGCAGACUCUAAUCAAAGGAACAGUACUCAGAACUUGUGGAGAAGGCAAUUGACAAUGCAAAAACAAAAUCUAAAGAAAUGGUCGUUUGUUUUAAAAAGUCAAAUUUUAAAGAAUGCCAGGAGAAACAACAAAAGAUGCUGAUCUUACAUUGCUAGUAUUUGAAUGCCUUCAUCUUUUUCACCAAUAAUUGGGCACUUGUUCUAAAGCAAUAGAUCAAAUAACGUCAAAGUUUGUUACCAUUCAGCCACUUUCUCUGAUUUUUAGCAGAUGAAGAAAAACUUCAGAAGUUUUUACUGUAUGUAAUAGAAAUGUAUGAUGAAUUUUCUGAUGAAGAUAUUUUAGUGGAAACUUUUUAACUAUAGACAUGUUUGAAAGCCACUAUAAUUGUUCCCAAAGAACCAAAGGCAGUAUUGCAAUUCCUGGAGUUUGUUGUGAAAGAUUUUUAUGAAUUUCUGCCAAACUUGUCAUUAUGUUAAAGUCCUUUCCUAGUUGUUUUUACAUCUGUUGCUCAGGUAAAAGAAACUUUUGAAAUUAAAAGCUUAAAAAAUGUUCUUCUAUCAACUUUGUGCAAAGAUAACUGGAUAAAUCUGGCUAUACUGUCUGGUAAAUAUUAGUAUGCAAAGAAAAAAUUCAGUGAAGUCACUGCAAAGCUUAAAAACAGAAAAGUUUUAUUAUUCACAGGCAACAGACCACUUUAUUACAA